UUUCUUCUUCUCUUCGUCUUCUGAAGAUACAAAAGCUCGACCAGGCUGGCUACAAGCUGAUCGAUCUGCCACCAGCUACCUACUUUUCUGACUUUUCGCACGGUCGUUCCUUCUCACAAACGCCGCUGACGCAGCCGCCAAAACUUCCACUCAGCAACUCGACGACACCCUCGUGGACAACAACAUCGUCUUCCAGACUUUGACUUUUCCCAUCAAAUAGCUGCCUUCAUCAUGGUUCUUGAGACCAUCUACGUUACCAGACAUGGCUUCCGCUCUAACUGGGUGGUUGACCCGACUACUGGAACAUACACAAGCAACCUCCCCACACCUACUGGCAUCGCUUCGGAUCCGGCACUGGCAGCUCAUGGAGUCAACCAAUCCAAGGAACUGGCCGAGCACAUUGCGACACUGGAUCCUCCCGUGGAUGUCAUCUACAGCUCUCCUUUCUACCGCUGCUUGCAGACUCUGAAGCCCACAGUCGAGAAGCUCAACGGUAGCCGCUCCGAAGACAAGAAGCUGCAAGUCCAUGUCGAAAACGGCGUCGGAGAGUUCUACGGUCUUGCCCGCUUCGAUCACCCGUCACCUGCUACUCUGGACGUUCUUGCCAAACACUUCCCCGGUGGUCUCGCCGAGGCCUACAUUCCUGUCAUCCGCCCCAGCGUCAACGGCGAAAGCUUGACUUCCCUUCACGACCGCAUCGCCUACGCCCUCUAUCACGUCAUCCAGAAGCUCGACCAAGACCCCAACGGCCCCAAGACGCUACUCAUCUGCACACACGCCGCCAGCAUGAUCUGUAUUGGUCGUGCUCUGACCGGGCGUAUGCCUGAAGAUCCCAGCGAGGAAGACUUCAAGUGCUUCACCUGCUCCUUGUCAAAGUUCACACGCCGCAACAUGCCCGAAGCACCUGUGGAGAAGCAACACAUCUGGACACUGGACGAGCCCGAGAACAUACCCUUCGUCGACUGGAGAGGCAAGGGUGUCAAGGGUGGUUGGGACUGCGAAGUCAAUGGUGACUGCUCGUUCCUGGACAAGGGCGAAGAGCGUGGCUGGUAUGAUAUUUCUCCUUUGUCUUUUCCUUUUUCAUCUAUGCAACGUCUCACUCCCUUCUUUCCCAAACUCCCCCUCUUCUGCACCUCCCACCCCCGUCCAAGCUUUACAAGGUUUGAAAGAGGAUACUAUCCCCAACUAGGAACUGGUGGUUCGAGCCCGGUCUGGAGUACUUGGCCCCCAAAGUCACUGUUGCAACAUACGGUGCCGGCGGUAGCCACAUUGUCUAAGCUCCAAGCCCACACGUCUGGCCAGCUACCACAACGACACUCGGCAUAACGCUCUGCUUUUGGCUUGCAUCGAGCAAUAAGU